AAAUUUUAUUUUUUGAAUUUUAACCAAGAUGCAUGUCCAUCGAAUCAGAUCGAUUUUAGGGUCCCUAAUCAAAAUGCCAAUAUCUCUUGAUAUAUUUGCUUUGUGAUUGGAAGCAGAAUGAAAUUUGAAUACGAAGCCAGGAGCAGAGAGGGAGAGCCGGAGAUCGUUAGGGUUUAAGGGUAGGAGAAAAGCAUGGCAAACCAGGGAGCCAAGAAGAGGAAGGAGGAGAACAAGAAGCACAUGGCCAUGCUCCUUCGCGUCAUCAUCGCCUCCAACCAUUGUAGUUGUAGCAUCGGUUGCCUACGGACUUUCGUAUCAACAGCUUGCUAAUAUGGCAAAACCAACAUACUUUGAUGACGGUGAACUCCUAGAUAGUGGGUAUGACAUGACCGCCGGUGGAGUCUGUGGGUAUGCCUACAUGCUUUUGCUGGAUAGUUAUCUGCAUGAUGUGAUCUACAUAACAUGUUUUGUACUGCUGAUGUCCAUCAUCUCUGGUAAAUUUUGGUGGACUUAUGCAGUGAUACCAGCAUUUGGUGCAUACAAGGUUCUUGGUCUAUUAAAAGGAAUACUUUCUGAAUGUUCAAAGAAUUGCUUAAUGGAGAAGGAAGUUGAGGUCUCUCCUAUACAAUCUCAAGCAGUUGAAGCGGCAGGUAACAAAACUGAAGCCCUUUGUUAGUCCUACUCCGAAGC